CUCAAUUCUUCUUCUCCCCUCUCUUUCUGAAAACCACUGCAUGUUUCUUUCAUCCCAAUCGCUGCUCAGCAUCCAUCUCUUUAAUUUGCCUGGAGAUUGUAAAUUUAUCUAGAUAAAGAUAUGGUGAAGGAAAACAAGUAUAAGACAGUGAGCCUUCACCAAUUGCUGACCGGUACAAAGCCUGUUGAUUUUGACAAUGAAAAGGCUAAUGGGCCUGAUCCAAGAUACACUGCUUGGCUGGACAAACACCCUUCAGCACUAACUUCAAUCCAGGAAAUGUUGAGAGCCUCGCAAGGAAAGCAAAUAGUUGUGUUUCUAGACUAUGAUGGCACGCUUUCGCCGAUAGUUAGUGAUCCAGAACGAGCUAUAAUGUCUGAUUCGAUGCGCUUGGCUGUGUCCGAUGUGGCUAGACACUUCCCGACUGCUAUAAUAACUGGACGAAGUCGAGACAAGGUGUAUGAAUUUGUGAAGUUGGAUGGAUUAUACUAUGCGGGGAGCCACGGCAUGGAUAUAAUGGGGCCACCUGUGAAUCCUGAGUCGUUUGAUCCCAAGUUUCAUGUGAAGACACUUGAUAAAAAGGGUAAUGAAGCCACAAUAUUCCAACCUGCCAAAGAAUAUCUUCCCUCAAUUGAGAAGUUAAUCAAUGAGCUAAAGACAAGAAUCAGUGAAAUACCAGGAGCCAUUGUAGAGAACAACAGAUUCUGCAUUUCAGUCCAUUACAGACAUGUAUUAGAAGAGGAUUACGGAACUCUGGAGAAGAUAACAAGGGAUGUGCUCACAGAUUAUCCUUUCUUCCAUAUAACUCAAGGGAAGAAAGUUCUUGAAAUCAGGCCUCCUGUCAGAUGGAACAAAGGGGACGCUUUGGUGUAUCUGCUUCAUGCUCUUGGUUUUUCCGAGCCCGGAAGUGUCGUCCCAAUUUACAUUGGAGAUGACAAAACUGAUGAAGAUGCAUUCAAGGUGCUUCACAGCCAAGGACAAGGAUACCCUAUCAUUGUGUCCUCAGUUCCACGAGAAACUUCAGCAACACAUUCAUUACGUAGUCCAUCAGAAGUUCUCUCCUUCCUGGUUCGAUUAGCUCGUUGGGGAUCGGAUCAGAGUGAUAGGUGUUCUAAUUAGAAUGAGUCAUGUGAACACGGCCGUUUUCAGCACCGUGGGAUCAGUUUUGCACAUUAUAGGGAAGUAUAUAUAUAUAUAUAUAUAUAUAUAUAAAUAUAGGUUAGGGAGUUGAGUGAAGGCUGCAGAGAGGCUACACUUUUUUGGUAGCCACAAAGCCUUGGGUUUGUAUUUUCUUCUUGAGACAUUUUGC